AUGAUUAGACGCUGGACGCUCGCUGUCACGUGGCUCGCAUUUUGGGCCACUUCUCCAGUUUCCUCUUCGCUUGAGAAAAUACCUGACCAAACAGGAGAGAUCAAUGGGCAUCAGAACUCGACAGAAACAACAGCGGCAGAACUGUUGAACGAAUUUGCAGGAGAGGAAGACGUCGCCUCAAUAAUGGCAGAUUAUGGCAGUUUGACCGUACCCAGCGUGCUUAUCAGUAGAGAACGCGAAGACUGUCAUCAUGUGAGCGGAGCCAGCGCAGAAGUUUCAGCUGGUGUAGGGACGUUCUUGCAUCCUCCUGAAGAAACAAGUACGACUCCUGUAGUUAUUGUUGAUGAAACAGGCCGAUCAUUCGGCCCUUGCCCAAAAUCCGUCCUCCGGAAAAAGGCGUAUUACGGCAGCAAAGCAGCUGUUGCGGACAUGCAUGGGGCGCAGUCCAUCUCUCUGGGAAGCGUCAAACAAACAGUGGACCUCACACGACUAGGCCUUGAUCGACAGUUUAACGAAAAGGCAUAUGAGUCACUGAAAGUCUGUAAUAACCUUUUCUUCUCGGGAGGCGAAGGCAUGCGCAAUUUUUCCGAUCCUGCUUGCGUUGUCGCCCACCUGGAUGAAGCAUCCCUAAGCAUUAGGACCCUCGAUACAGCAAGUCUCCGAAAGCUCCACCCCAGGCUAAAAGCCGCACUUGUUCUCGCAUCAAACCUCACCUUGAGGAGACAAAAAAAAGAAUGGAUCCGUAAGCUUACUUCCUCAAAUACCUUGCAUUUGGCUUGGCACGUCGUCGAAACUUUCUCAGCAAUGAACGUGAGCAUGCUGGAGUCUAAUGUUGGAGAGGCUCUAAAUAGCAUUGUCAUGAAGGAUCUACGUCUUCUUCAGCCCUUGAAGGAUCUUAUUCAAUUCGCUACUACGUGCACUACGUAUGAAGAAUAUCCCGAAAAAUCUUGGCAGGACACGGUGCGUUUCCCCAGCCCCGACAGCCCACAGUACAAGACGUAUCCUAUAUACGAUUACUUGCGAGCAGUGGGAGCUGAUGUGUCAUUUCCUCGAAUCAUCCCAGCAGACUGGCAGCCUCGGGUGUACGAUGGAAAUCGAAUGGCUCGACGUGCCAUCGGUGAACGCGACAGCUCCAAUUUUUCAGGAGACUGGAAGAAGCGAGUGUACAACUCUUGGCACAAUCUUUGGGUUCUUCAUCUGGUAGUACAUGACGCUGGGUCAAUGUGGCAAUGGAGCCAACAUCUCAACGCAAGUACUUUCUUCUUCAAGCCGUGGAAAGUCACUCGUGUGGCUGCCCUGAAAGUAGCGGAAGCAGGACCCCUGAGGUACGACGACCUUUCAGCAAGGUUCCGUGUAGAUCCAAGCAUUCAGGACAAGAACAAUGAAUAUGCAUCAUGUCCACAGCAUCUGGUUGACACGGGCUUCUUUGACAAGGUUAAAGCCCCAAGAGGGCGCCUGACAGCACAGUGGGGUCGGAUGGACCUGUGGAAAGCCAUCGGGUUACUAGGCUGGAACUGCCCAGUGAGCGAAGUCGAUGUACCUUGCCCCCCCCAAAUCUACCCAGAUAAGUGCGGGGUUGAUGCAACAUAUAUCAGACCUGUAGAAGCGCCAUGGCUUUUUCGACUGGAAAGGGAAUCAACAUGGAUUACAUGGGAAACGGAUGAGACACAGAACGACUACGUGGACAGAAUCUGGGCUGCCAGGGGCACCACUUUUCCCAAGCUUUGGCUUCUAAAUACCAUGUGGGAUACUACUUCGGAUCCAGAAUUGUCGCCUUCUGGGGAAGGAAAAAUUCAUUCUGGCUUUUUGUUUGCGUUUCGACGCAUUUUUAAGGAAAUGCUUAAUGAUGACAUUCGUGAAGUGUCAGAAAAAAUUCAUGCGACGGGGAAGCGGCAGGUCGUGCUUUUUACUGGCCAUUCUCUUGGGGGGGCGGUGUCGCAAAUUGGUGCUUGGUACUACGCCGUGAAGUCUCGCAGCCUAAUUCGUCAGGGCCUCCUACAGAUCAGAUGUGUCACAUUCGGUGCACCUGCAUGGGGAAAUGAAGCUGCCUAUAACGAAUUUAUGUCUACUGGAGUUAUCAUACACGACAUCGCAACGAGCAUGGAUCCUGUUACCACAUUAAACGGCGAACCAGAACUCGGCCACGGACUUCAAUGGAAAAAACCGUUUCAUUACAGAAUCAUGUUGGACGACCUAAAACAAGUUGUUGUUGCGUCGACGAGUCCCCUAGAGCCUGACUUUGAUGGCCGGCUGUGGACACGCACGGACCUGCAUGCUGGGAGUUUCCUUAAACGCACAUUUGGGGCGUUCGCUAGCAUGAAGAACGUAGACUCGGUCUUCCUGAAUCCAGUGCUCACUCACUUUCUGUCGUAUACCGCAGUCCUCACGAUCAUGGCAGACUUGGUACCCGAGGCCGACUUUGGUUCGGGACUUGCUGCCCCUCUAAUAAACGAUCCGCCCAUCAGUUACUCAGCUCACUCGUUGUGCUCUGCAUUAAUAGCAGCUCAAGGGAAGAUGAGGUGGGUGAUGACCCAACUAGCACUUGAAGCUAGCAGGGAGCCCAAGGUCAUCUAG